AUCAUUCUUAAUCUGCUUUCAAAGAACACAAUGCAGUGCUUUGGAACUAAGAAGCAACUGCUCUCUCUGUGUGGGUAUCCAAUCAACUGAACUGUGCUGGUGGUUGGCGGUGUCAACUAACACACGUCAUGCACACUUGACCAAACUAUGCUAGUUUUUGUCAACACAAACCAUGCGGAUGAACAACCAGUCCAAGUUCACUACCAGAUCAAGCUAAUAGUGGGAUUGUUCUAGCUAGGGUAUAGUUCAAUGAGGAAGCCUUGCUGUGACAAGCAAUACACAAACAAGGGAGCAUGGUCCCAGCAAGAAGACCAGAAGCUCAUUGAUUACAUACAGAAGCACGGUGAGGGUUGUUGGCGCUCGCUUCCUCAGGCUGCUGGGUUGCUUCGUUGUGGCAAAAGUUGUCGGCUGAGAUGGAGAAACUAUUUGAGGCCUGACCUGAAAAGAGAUGGAUUUGGAGAAGAUGAAGAGGAUUUGAUCAUCAGGCUCCAUACACUGCUUGGCAACCGGUGGUCCUUGAUAGCUGGAAGAUUACCCGGACGUACAGACAAUGAGGUGAAGAACUAUUGGAAUUCUCAUAUAAGGAAGAAGCUGGAAUCAUCCCAUCGCAAUAUUGGAUUCACCAGAUUGAGAGCAGAAAUAUCAUCAGCUGCUAGGUCAAAGAGGCAGGCUAAUGUUCCGGAGACUCAGGUCUUAGAUUCUAAUGGUGGCAAGCCUGAGCCCAGCAACAAGAGUUCGUCUGACAUAAACCUUGAUCUGACUCUAAGCAUUCCUUCAAAAAAACUUGAGUCAAGCGAUGAAAAUUAAUGCUGCAAUAUGAUAUACCAAUGUUUCUAGUUUCAGGAUAUCGUGUGCUUGGGAUACUUAUGAGUUAAUUUCUAAUCAAAGCAUGUAUGGGAUCACAUGUGGAAUCAACUUUCGCUGCAAGAUACGCUACUGGGAAUAUUUAUAAUCCAGCCUAGCAAUAUAUUCUUGCCAAGGAAAUAGUAAUUGUGUAUACAUAUAGUUAGGGUAGAUUUGCUGUUUGAGAGGAAAUUAAGUUCUCUCCUCCAUGGCAAGAAAAGGGUUUCUUCUAACACUCUUUGCCAGGAUCUAAGUGCUUGUAUAUGUAUUUUUAUGACUGUAAUCCCAGUGACAGUUGCUUUCUAAGGCUUAUAAUAAGAUAUAAUUUAAGUCA